AUGGCGGACGUCGAGACACCUCUUCUCUGGUGUGUAGACGAGCUGAAUGUGGCCACGCGUCGCGGUCGCGUAGUGCGCAAAGUGCGCGAGCGCUACCUGCGCGACGACUUGAGCUGCUCGCUGCCUCAUUGCUCGCUGUGUAGCGCCGACGACGAUGCAUCAGCGGCCACUCACGUUCUAGGCACGACCAAGACGCUUCUGGCCGACAAUCCACGCGAUGGAGUGUAUCUAUUGCCAUCCAUGAAGACAGUGCUGCUGCAGAUGGAUGCUCUGGAUUUCAGUGCUAAGCAUAAGAAGAAAACAAAGAAAGACACUACAGAACGAGAAGUCUUUGCGGACGUUCUAGUGUUAGAGACGGUCUGGGAGUUCGUCAAGCGCCAAGACCUGGGCGUCUACAACCGUCUACGCGCUCUACUAAUGAACGCAGACAGACGCUUCGUGGUCUUCGCUAACGAGCACCAUAGAUCGUGUUUUGUCCAGAAGAAGCAGAUGUUGCCAAGAGGCUACAAGGAGGACACUUCGGAGGACACUCUUGUAGAGACGGAAGAGGAACGUAAUGAACGCGCUGUAGCCACUGCCUGGAAAUGGUACGCCGGCCACUUAGCCGAGCUUGAGCGGCAGGAUGUCAAGGUCCAAUUUUUAGCCAAUGACGUUGAAGAUCUCAAGCAGGCUGAGAAGUUUGGUGUUUGUGGAGGCAAAACCAUCGCAGAGUUCUUGAAACCUGUAGCUGAUAAAUACCCAGAGCUUCUGGAUCUAUUGUCUGCUUCAGCUGCGGAGGAGAAGGCGCUGACUGCAGAGGGUGUGAGUACAACCAAAGGACGAGGCAAGAAGAAGCUGUACCCGGAGCAUUUACCGGCUGCUGAGAUACUGGCGGGGAUUAAGAACAAGCGCUUCUUUAAGGGAACAAUCCGAUGCAACAGAGACCACUGGCUCGAGUGUCACGUGUUGAUUCACGGCGCUAACUGCGUCAAGAUCCCGGUUUUGCUACAGGGACGAGAGCAUAUUAACCGUGCGAUUGAUGGGGACUUGGUGGCGAUUCAACUGCUACCGAAAGACCAAUGGAAGAAGCCGUCGGACUCGUUUGCUGCCAAUGGAACGGCGGCUGCGGAAGCUGCUGAGGAGGACGAGGAUAACGAAGAUGCCCAACCGGAACCUGUGGGCGUGGCGGAGCCUACCGUGUCAUUGGAACAAGUGGCAUUGGUGCAGAGUGAUGCGUCGCAGCACGCCAAGCCUGCUGGGCGUGUCGUGGGCAUUAUCCAGCGCAAUUGGCGCAAGUUCUGCUGCUCUCUGGAGGCUCCUCGUGAUGGUGUGACGCUGAAUGCGUCGGGUAGCUGCUUGGUGGUGCCGGUGGACCGGAAGGUGCCGAAGAUCAAGAUCCAGACGCGGCAACAGGAAGCGUUGAUGGACAAGCGAGUGCUGGUGGCGAUUGACUCGUGGCCGGCAUACAGCAAGUUCCCUCUGGGCCACUACGUGCGUACACUGGGCGUGAUUGGCGACAAGGAGACGGAGACGACUGUGCUGCUUCUGGAGCACGACAUCCCGUGCGACCAGUUCAGUGACGAAGUGAUGCGCUGUCUGCCUGCUGAGGACUGGAAGAUUACACCCGAGAACGCCUCAGGACGCCGAGAUCUACGUGACCUGCCAGUGUGCAGCAUCGACCCGCCCAACUGUAAGGACAUCGACGACGCUCUGCAUGCCAAGUUAUUGCCCAAUGGGAACCUCCAAGUGGGCGUCCACAUUGCCGACGUGACGCACUUUGUGGCUCCUGGCAGCGCGCUGGACGAAGAAGCAGCGGACCGCGGCACGUCGACGUAUCUGGUGGAUCGGCGUCUCGACAUGCUGCCAGGUCUGCUGACUACCAAGCUCUGUUCGCUGACGGACGUGGAAGAUCACUUUGCCUUCAGUGUGCUGUGGGAGCUCCAACUGGUGGGACAGAGCGACGUGCAGGUCGUUGACGUACAGUUCUGCAAGAGUCUGAUCCGGUCCGUGGCGUCUUUGUCGUAUCAGCAAGCGCAGGAGUUCUUGGACGACCCAGAGGCUGGUGGCGUGUACGGCCAAGACUCGACUUUGAAGAAGAAGAAAAAGGGCGAGAGUGACGAACAGUUUGAGCGCCGACAGCUGCUGGGAAGCGGCAUCAAGACGCUGAACACGAUCGCGACGCGGCUACGCGCCAAGCGUAUCGAGGCCGGCGCCUUGACGCUGGCGUCCCCUGAAGUGCGCUUUGUGCUGGACACGGAGACGCAGAACCCGCUGGACGUGCAGAUGUACACGCUGCGAGACACCAACGCUCUGGUGGAGGAGUUCAUGCUGCUGGCCAACAUUACAGUGGCCAAGAAGAUCGUGCGUCACUUCCCGACGUUCUCGAUGCUGCGUCGGCAUCCGGCGCCGUCCAAGCGCCAGUUUGACUUGCUCUGCAGUCAGGCCAAGGCUGUGGGUGUGGAGCUGCACGUGGACACGUCCAAGCAACUGCAAGACUCGCUGGAUGCGGCCGACAAGGAAGCUGCUGGGAGCAAGAGGAAACACGGCGACAAGGCGAACCCGUACUUCAACAAGCUGCUGCGGAUCAUGACGACGCGCUGUAUGAUGCCAGCGAGCUACUUCAGCUCCGGCGAGGUGGCGCCUCCCGAGUUCCAUCACUACGGUCUGGCUGCUCCCAUCUACACGCACUUCACGUCGCCUAUCCGUCGGUACGCUGACGUGGUGGUGCAUCGCCUGCUGGCUGCCGCUAUCGGCGUGGCUCCACUGCCCAGUUACCUCGAGAACAAGUCGCAUCUGCACGAGAUCAGCGACCAACUUAACCGUCGACACCACGCGGCGCAACUGGCAGGAAGAGCGUCCGUGACUCUGCACACGGUGCUCUACUUCCAGCAGUAUCCCACGCGCACAGACGCCGUCAUCACCAAGGUCAAGAACAACGGAGUGGGCGUCCUACUGCCUCGUUUCGGCAUUGAAGGCAUGAUCUUCCUGUGUGGGAAGGACGAGCAGGACGACCAAGAUGUUGUCAAGUUCGACGGAGCUCGUCACACACUCACGUUGGUGCAGAAGAGUCGCAAGCUGCAGGUGUUCGACCGUGUCCGAGUCAAGGUGUACGUGGCGCUGACGUUCGGCAACCGCCAGGAGCUCAAGAUGGACUUGCUGGACGAAGACGAUGACGAAGACGACAACCAAGAGGAUGCGGCCCAGAAGGAAGCCGAAGCGAACCUCCGUGCUGCUCGCAAGAAACGCAAAGUGGCUACAUAA